GGCCGGGCGUCACUGUGCUAGCUCCUGUUGUCCGGCGAGCGAGCCAAUUACGCCGAAUCUUUUAGUCUCCACUCAGUCUUAAAAAAAGUUCCCCAAAAAAAUACAUGUUAUGAUAUUUAUGAUAUUGCACGAAAAAAUAAAUAUCCCUGGACAAACAGGAUGAAAAUAAAAGCACUAUCGCGCUCGGCUGCCUCGCAGCAAGCGCCAGGUUCAAGCGUUGCGAGAAUGCAACGAAAUCUCGACCCAUCGCAACAUCCAUUCGAACGAGCACGAGAAUACACACGAGCGCUGAAUGCUGUCAAGAUGGAACGCAUGUUUGCCGCGCCAUUUAUUGGUCAGCUUGGAAACGGGCACAUCGAUGGCGUGUAUACGAUGGCCAAAGACCCUGGGUCUCUUGAACGCUUUGCAAGUGGUUCAGGCGAUGGGAUUGUGAAGGUUUGGGACAUGCAGACCCGAGAGGAAGUGUGGCAAACUCAGGCCCAUGAAAACGUUGUCAAAGGUAUCUGCUGGACACCAGACCGUAAAAUACUGUCCUGUGCUAGCGAUAAAACCGUCAAGCUCUUCGAUCCUUAUAACUCGACGUCAGAAGCUCCACCACUUGCAACUUUCCUUGGGCAGACACCGUUCACCGGGGUUUCGCAUCACCGUGAUCAGCCUGCAUUUGCUGCCUCAUCCUCUGUCAUCUCCAUCUACGAUCUCUCUCGCCCUUCUUCGACUGCUUCGCAAACCCUUCACUGGCCAACCAAUACAGACACUAUCACCUCGGUUGCCUUCAACCAAACAGAGACUUCUAUCCUCGGCUCUACUGCAUCCGAUCGGUCGAUUAUCAUGUACGAUCUUCGAACAUCGUCACCCGUAUCCAAGACUAUUCUGACUCUGGCUUCAAACUCCAUCGCCUGGAACCCCAUGGAAGCAUUUAAUUUCGCUGUCGCUAAUGAGGACCACAAUGCAUACAUGUUUGACAUGAGGAAAAUGGACAGAGCUUUGAAUAUCUACAAAGAUCAUGUUGCUGCCGUGAUGGAUGUCGAAUUCAGUCCAACCGGUGAGGAAUUGGUUACAGCGUCAUACGAUCGCACAAUACGCUUGUUCAAUAGAAGCCAUGGACGCUCGAGAGAUGUCUACCACACUCAAAGAAUGCAGAGGGUUUUUUCGGCGAUGUUCACUCCAGAUAACAACUAUGUUCUUUCUGGAUCUGACGACGGAAAUAUUCGGAUAUGGCGCACCAAUGCCUCAUCACGGGCUGGCAUAAAGAGUACUAAGCAGCGCCACAAACUUGAAUAUGACCAAGCGCUUGUCCGCAGAUACGCUCAUAUGCCCGAAAUCCGGAGGAUCAAGAAUCACCGCCACGUGCCGAAGGCUAUCAAGAAGGCCGGUGAAAUCAAGAAAGAGGAGCUUGCAGCAAUUAAGCGCAGGGUGGAUAAUGUCCGAAAACACAGCAAGAAGGGCAGCAUGCCUCAUCGUGCCGAACGUGAUAAGGUCGUUCUAGCAACCGAAAAGUAAUGCGUCGACUUGAAACAGAUUUUUUUCACACCUAUACGCCCAAUUUCACAAUUUCC